UAUAAACGUUUCAUUCGGUAAAUGGCAAGCAUAAAAAUCUUGACAGAAGAUACGCACAAUCAUUAUGAGCUUUUAGAAGAAGAUAUAUUAGAGUAUGCUAAACAGAUUGGAAUAGAUGUGGAAAAUGAAAAGCAUUUGAUGUGGAUUGCUGAAGAAGGUCUUGCUGCGAAAGUUCCUGAGCCUUGGUUGAUUCUAUCUGAUGAUAAAGAUAGAAUCUUCUACUAUAACAAAAAUACUGGUGAAACAUCUUGGCUUCAUCCUUUAGAUAAAGAAUACUCUGCCUUAGUGUCUGAAGAAAGAACACGAAGCAAAAGUCUACUGUCUUCAUCUUCAGACUGUGGAUUUGAGUCUAAGUUAUCCUCUCUUGCUGAUGCUCCUCCUCUGUCAUCAAGUGGGAAAAAUACACCAUCCUCUUUUAAGUCCAGCCAGAAUGAAAAUGCUUCCUCAAGGAGCAAAAAAAUUGAAUUGGGACACUUUGAAAAUAGGCGUGGUACUCAGUUAGCACCUGUACGAUUGAACAACUUAAAAAUGCCUGUGUCUAGCUCACAGAAGUCUGGUACUGGUAUGUCUUUCAUGCCUAAGGGAUCUGCUCUGUCUAAAAAUAUUAGACGUGCUAAGGAAGUGCCUGCUCACAAUGACAGUGUUUUAGAAGAGGAAAAAAACAAAAGUUUUUCAAUGCAUGGAGAUUAUAAUGAAAGUGAAAAUUCAGAUGAUGGUUCGAAAUAUUCAUAUGAGGAAACAGAUUAUGAAGAAGAAAAAGAUCCUCAUGGCCUAGACCCAUAUGAUCUUGGAGAUGGAUCACAGUUAUCUCCCAUAUAUUCAGCUGAUGAGUCUCCUGAGGCCUUUGAUAUAAAUUCCCUAGUUCAGCUAGGAAUUAAAGGACCGUCUAAACUUGAUGUUCCGUCCAAAUCUUCAAAGCUUUUAAUGAACAAUGAAACCUCUCCAUCGCUAAGUUUACGAAAGAUGGGACAGCCAUCAUUUCUGAAACCUUUGCAAUCAACAGCAAAAAAGAAAACUGAAAAAAAUUCAAAAAGUGUGAAAAAAGGAAAUGCUGGUAUAAGUAAAUAUGAAGAAAAUCCGAGAGAUAUUGGAGAUAUUGAAAGUAAAAUAUCCACUAUAAAUGAAGAGCAGAAGGUAAUUUUAGAGAGUAUCCAAAGAGAGUGGGCAGCUAUGCAAGAGGAAUUAGAAAAAGAAGAAAAAGCCAAAUAUGAGCAAAUGGUCAAUGAGAGUACUAAAAAAUUAGAAGAGGAAGAAAUGAAAAUGAGGAAAGAAAAUUCAGCAAAAUUAUCUGAAUUAAAGAAUGAACUUUCAAAAAAACUGAAAGAUGAAGAAAAUGUUAGUGAAAAGAACCUUGAGGAACUUAAGAGGGCCAACCAGGUAAAGUACAGUGAAGAGGAGCAGAAGUUUAAAAAGGAACUUGAAACCCUUUCUGAGAGCUUGAAAGCAGAAAUGGAGAAAAUGGAAGAAAAAAACACUUCAGAGAUUAAUGAAAGAAGGAAGGAAUUAGAAGAUCAGCUGGAAACAGAAACUGAGGAACUCAAAAGAUUGCAUGAAAUUAAUCUAAAAAAUCUCAAAGAAUCUCAGGCUGCUGAACUUUCUAUGCUUGAAAAGGCUCACCAAGAAGAACUGAUAAAAAUUAAAGCUGCUGUUUCAAAAGAAAGCACUGAAGUUAGCAUUGAAGUGGAAGAAAAAGAAGUACCUAAGAUAGAGGCUUUACAACAAGAAGAUGACAAAAUACAGAAAUUACUAGCAGAAUUGGAAGAAAAAUAUCGGAGUUUGUCAAAGGAAUAUGAUACAUUAACAAUGAAAGUUAGUGCUGAAAAAGAACUUUUAUCAAAAUUGAAUGAAGAUACUACUGCAGCUCGAAGUCGUUAUGAAGAAAUUCAAGACGAAGUUGAAAAAGCAGAAAGUGAUUUGGAUAAUUUAAUGUCAGAAAAAUCUGCCUUGAUUUCUGAAUUAAAUAUUCUGAAAGAUAAUAUCAAUAAUGAAAAAUCAAAUUUGCAGAAUUUAGAACAAAAAAUUGUGGCAUCAAAUAGUGGAAAAUGUGGGAAUUCCAAUAAAUUUGUUGAUAGCAGUGUAAAUACCACACUUCUGUGUCUUGCCUCUUUGUGCCAAUUUACCCAGACUUCUGUUGAUUGCAAAGAUGCAUCUAGUCAAAUAAAUUGUAUUGAAAUAUUUAAAACAGAUAUUUCCUGCCAGACAACUGAUGAAAAACAUUUCAUGGCUGAUAAGAAAUGCCAGGUAGAAUUAGUGCCUUGUAUAGAAAACACUACAAAUAUAACUAAAAAUGAAAGUGUUUUUACCAAUGUGGGGGAAAAUUUUAAUGUUGAUAAAGCUAAUAAUAAAAUUCUUGAAAGUGCCUUAAAUGGAAUUGGUAAACAAAUGGAAUCAAGAAUUAAAAAUAUUGAAGAGCAACUAAUAUUCUUGCAAGAAAAGUUAACUCCAAUCAACACCAGUCAGUCUUUCAAAUCGUUCAAUCCACCCAAACACUCAGAUUUCACAGAAGUGAAAUAUCAGCCUAACCCACCGGAUGUAAAUAUUCUUCACGAUCUUGCAACAGAUAAAGUAUCUCCACCACCAUCUUCCAGCAAGAUUCCAUCUUCUAAUCCUGUGCCUAGACAAAGUAAAUGCAUGUGUGAAGAUGGAGAUCCUGAAUCUUGUGAAGUAAUGCAAGCGGUCAAAAAUUCUGUUUAUCAACUGAAUGAUGUUCUUAAUCUGAGUUUUGAUCCCACAUUUCAUACCAGUAGUUUGGUAUAUGGAUUUAGUCCUUUUUCAUAUUCUAGUCCAGUUGAAAGUUUUUAUGUCCAGUUUCAAAAGCUACAAGCAAAGCAUCGUAUUACAGAACUGAAGCAUCAGUGUGAAAACCAAACCAUGAAACAGUUUAAAGGCUCCUCAAGUGAAACAAGCAAAACCUCAACAAGCAAACCAUCUGAAAAUGAUUUUAUUCGAUCAUCACUUUAUACUCCACAUUUCAAUCAAAAUUUACUAAAAAAAGAUGAUGAUGUUCUAGCAAGAGCUCAAAAUAUUGUAUUAAGAGAACAAGCUAGAUCAAAGAAACAGCAACAACAGUUUAUGGAACCAUCUGUUUCUGAAAAUCUUUUACAUCCUGAAAGACAUAUUAUGGCAACUGACAAUUUUUCUCAAUCAGUGCAAUUCAAUGUAUCAAGAUCUUUUGGUGGCUUACCCUCAUCUUUUUUAAAUUUUGCUAUACAUUUGAAGGAUGGAAGAGGAAUAGUGGACUAUAUGUUACUAGAAAGAUAAGCUGAGAUGAAUAAGUAUACAAUAUGCAUGUUAAUGAGGAAUAGUUACAUUAUUAUUCUGCUUUAUUUCAAUCAGGUGGUUUUGGUUUGUAAGUUCUGUCGUUAUUAUUAAAUAAAAAUCUUUUGUUAUUAUGUAAGUACAUGUGCCAUUAGCAGUAUGUAAGGAUAAUAUAAGAGGGAAUAAUUUUGAAAUAUUACAGCUCCUUGAGAUUUAUUGUAAACAUGUUACAGUUUUUAAGACACAAAGAUAAAACAACCAGUUAAAAAAGAAAAAAGGCUAUUACAGAUAUUAGAAAUUAAAAUUAGUUAUUUAUUUUACAUAUUCUUUAUUUCACAUGCAUGUUUCUAUGGGUAAUUCCAAAAUUCAUCAUAAUUUGAAAGUGUCCAAAAGGUCAUGUUAAGCUUUUGCCAAUUGGUCAGGUCAAUUUUAGCUUUUGCAGUUGAUAUACGUAUUAUUUGGUGGUUUAACAAAACUACUUUAGUUUCACUGUUUUUUAGUGCUGUUUACACUUUGUUAAAGCUUCUGAUAAUCUACAGUAGUAUGAAAUUGUAACUUAAACUGUUGUGACUUCUGUUGCUAUUUUUGCUACAAUUAAAUAAUAAUCUAUAGCAGUGUGGAAUUAAAUUCAAUUUCUUCACCAAAUAAUCUGUAAUUCUAGUUAUUUUCAAUUUCUGUGAAAAUGUAAAAUAUAAACAAAGAUCAUUAAAUGCUGAAAGAAAUUGUAAUGAUAAAAUAUUUUCCUUUAAUGCAGAGGUUCUAAAUUGAGGGGGGGGGGUUCUACAUCUCCCUUUGUUUGUUCCUUUCCUAUUUUUUAAUGUUAUACAAAGACUUUUAUUAUAAAUUAUGAUUCAAUAGCAAGCGCUGGUAAAAAUAUUAAAAGUCAUAGUGACUUUCUCAAAGCAGACUUUCAUAAAAUUCCAAGAAUUUGAUAUAUUUUUUAAUCUGAGUGUUUUAUCUCAAUGGGAGUUUGCUGGGAAUUAAUCAUCUUGGAUUUUUAAUAUAAUCAAAUUUUGAAGACUUUAGGGUUGAUUGGAGCAUUUUUUAUGCGUAAAUUUUAGAAUAGAAAUUAGUUUUCUCAUGUAAAAAUUAAUAAUUGUAUUGAAAAUUAAAAUAUACUGUGAAUUUAUUAAUUUUUCUUUUUAAGAAUUUUUUGUAAUAUUUGAUACAAAAACUUUCUUUUCGUAAGGGGCUUUUUUUACAGAACUGGAUCCUGAGACCGAUUAUAAUAGAUGGAUGGCAAGAUUAAAUGCUCUUCAGCAGAAAAUAAGAAGCCAUAAGAUGUUUUAAUAUUUUUUAUGAGAACAUGACAAAAUGAACACUUUGUUUUUGAAAAUGAAUAAAUUAAAAUAACACUGAAAAUAUGGCAUAGGACGUGGGAAUAUAAAUAGGCAAUAAAUAUCCAAAAUAAUAUUUAUGAUUAAAUAGAAUAUUUUUUUUUAAAUAAGGGUAUAAAAUAUUACCCAUUUUUGCAUAUCUUUUUGUGAAUUCUCGCUUAAUUAAGUGUAUUUUAGGAAGAUUAUUUGAAUUUUUUUUAAAACUUCUGUUGCUGAUAUUUUGUGUAUAGAAUAAUGUCUAGUCAUUUAGUGGCAAGAAAUAAAUUAUUUAUUUUUCUAAUUUUGAUACAAGAAUUUGUUAAUUGGGAAAAAAGUUUAUAAAAAGUGUAUAAAUGUAUAUGUAAAUAUAAGAAUUUUCCUUUGAAAAUUGAUUUUAAAUUUGUGUAUUUAUUUACAAAUUACCUGAUAAAAUCAUAAGUAUUGUGCUUCAUAAAAAUCAAAUGAUUAAUAUGUAACAUAGAUUGGUGUUAAAUAAAAAUCUUUUGUUAUGAUUUAAUAUCCAUCCUAUGCAAUUAACUUUUUGCAUGGUAUUAUUUUUUGUGAAGCUAAAUGCAAAAUGUUACUUUAUAAAAAUUAAAAUGGAUAAAAAAUCAUUUGCUAUUUCAAAUUUAUCUUCAUUUUCUUAAAAGGUAAUUCAUAGUGUUACCUUUUUUUCAUUUUAAAUGAAGCUAUUUUAAAUAAUCUAAUCAUGUAAUUAUGCAUUUUAUGUAAAAUAUAAUAUUUAUUCUUUUUUUUUAUUUUCAUAAAUGAAAAUAUAUGUAACAUAUUAUACAUAGCUUUCUAGCAUACAUAAAUAUCAAAUAAUGUUCAAAAUUUGCAUUUGUAAGUGAAUAUUUUUAUAAUCCAUACUGACAUUUAUUAUUAUUAAGAUUUUAUUCUUUCAAUGUUUCAUAUGUACACAUUAAGUAAAAUAGAUAUUGUUAGGUGAUAAGUUUUGUGAUGGAUUAUACUUUUAAUAUAAAAAGAGUGAAAAUAUAUCUUGUUGCACAGAUUGUUCCAUUGUGUUAUAUAUUUGCUUUCUUGUUAUUGAUUUUCUUUUUAAUGAAGAGAAGGGGUUGUAUGUAAGAGUGCAUUAAAAUAUUUAUCUGAUU